AUGGGCCCCAAGUUUCCGAAGAACAUGCGCUUUGCCAAGAAGCACAAGAAGAUGGGCCCGAGGAGGAUGCAGGCCGUGAUGCCAGUGCCACGAGUGCGGGUGCCAAGGCUGUCAGGCCCUUAUAAAGGCAAGAAGGCCAAGCCGAAGAUUGCAAAGGGAUCAGCAAGUGCAGUUGACAUACCUACAUUGCAGACCCCAGACUCGGGAAGCCUGCUGGUGCUGCAUCACCCCAGGAAUCAGGCUCUGCCGGCUGAGUCUAAGACCGAGGUGCAAACCAAGGCCCAGCUAAACCUCCUGCUCCAGCUCCAGCUCAGCUCCUGCUCCAGCUCCUGCUCCAGCUCAGCUCCUGCUCCUGCUCGACUUCCACCUCCCAAAGGUGCCCAGGCCACCACGACGGCUCGGAGCGGCACCUCUUUCUGCCAAUCGACCUUGGUUGGGGAUAAGAAACACAGCAACAGUCUUGACUUUUGA